GAAAACGAAAAACGCGUUGAUGUCUGCGUGAAAGGUGCUUACGUACUCGGCUCCGAGCCUCUCCUCUCCUCUCCUCUCUUCUCGUCCCCUCCCCUCCGCUGACCUUGCGCAGAAGCAGAGCCCCUCAUCCCAAAAGCAAACCCAACCCAACCGUGGCUCCGAGGGAAGCCUUCCUUCCUUCUUCCCUCUGCCCAGUGAUGGAUACAUGACAUCCAUCGGCGCGCCUGUCUGCCCACGGAUUCACAGAUCCAUCGGCGCCGCAUCUGUGGCAGAAACAACGGAUCUAUCCACUAUGCGCAGGCAGGCAGGCAGAAACAACGGAUCUAGCAUGCCUGAUGGCGAGCGAGUUGAGACGGGAACUUUGUUCUUAAUUCCGCUUUUACUCUUUCUCUAUAUAAUAUACUAUGUAUGUUUGGAAGAUCUUCAUCGCCCCAAGCGGAGCGGAGCUGAUCCCUUUGCUUGUUUGUCGUCGAUUGGUUGAUUUGAUUGAUUGUCGUGGUAUCCCAUCCCACAGAAAAAACGAGUUAUAAUUUGCUCUGCGUGAUUUCAGUAUGCUUUGCCAUCCCACAGAAAAUCAGAUUUGCAAUCUCUGUUUAAUUUUACAAGGCAGUCUCCUGUUUAAACUUUACAGAAUUUUAGCUCAACAUUUCAACAAAAUUUUACAGAAUUUCCUGCAGAUUGCAGACACACUUCAGUCAGGCUUGUAAUCAUUUGUUGCUUCACGGCUUUGGAGCACCAUGUACGUACUAUAUAUGCUCCUGCCACUAGUCUUCCAUUCGACAGAGUCAUCGACCUACUUUGACUGAUGUUUAUCAGCAACCCAGUUAAUAAUACCGAGUUGAAUGUGGUGCCCGUAUGUGAAUUCAUUCAUACCGAAUUUGUGCUCCACGAAGAUGUGUGGACGUGCAACCUCUUGUAAUGUCUGACUUUCAUGCUUCAUCAUGCAGAUGCGGUGUACAUUCAUCAUUCAGGAAGUGGUGUUUUAUUAUUGCAGCUCAUGACUAAACUAUUUCUAGUUGCCUUGCUCAUGUUUCAUCUCAUAAAACUAGAGGCAUGCUACACAGAUGAUGCAAUACUACCCGUUGGAAAUUAUCAUCUUCUCAUUCAAUAUUUAUAUGUUUGGUUUGUUGGUUGGCAAGACAGCACGCAAGAGAGGAGAGAAUCAUCUUUGCCUGGUGGCCUUUGGAGGACCUUGCAAACCGACCACAUGUUAAGUAAUCACCUCCCCUUUUUACUCUGUUGGUAUGAAUGAAUUUGGUUCCUUUUUUUUUUUGAAAUUGAAUGAAUUUGGUUCCUGACUCAUGUACUAGUAUUCUCUUCUAGUUGGUCAUAUUAGGCGCUUCUAGUAAUUUCUUCAUUGUUUAAAAGUAGGACCCAAAUAAUAUGAUCUCACAUAUAAUCACUAGCCUCAAGCCUCAGCCGCUAACAAGAUUAUGUAACCUUAGAGGAUGGUAGCCCUCAUACAAUAGUUAAAAGCAGCCUCUCGGACCCCUUCUCUUGUUGAAGGACAAAAGCUACCGGUGUGGGCGCUUUUUUCAAGGACCUUGUUGCUUAGAUCAACAACAAGCUCAGUUUUUUAAAUUUUGUUAGCGCACACAGUUUUCAUUGGAUUCUUCACACCCGAUGGUACUAAACAAGCAAAAAAAAUCUGGUGAAAAUAUGUCUUCAGUUCAGAUGUGGGUGCUCCGUAGCCUCAUUAGCUAAAAGAGGUUGAUGAGACCUGCUAAGAUCGGGUUAGUUUUGCACCUUAGCUGUAACUGUAAAAUAAACUGAGAGACGUAGUAGAUGCAUAGAGAAAACUUGAGGAAUAUCCCAUGGAAGCUAGCUCCCAGAAAAAUCAGAGCUAUCCUAUCUCUGUUGUUUCCUAUGGGACUAUUUAACAGAGUGGGUGGGAAAUAGAUUUUGAGAAAGCGAUUCCUAUUUGGAUGCCAUCUAAUCUAACAGUCAAUACAAACAUUGUACUCCCUCCGUUCCCUUCUAAAUGUAAGCAUUUUUAGAGAUUCCAAUACGGGCUACAUAUGGAGCAAAUGAGUGAAUCUACACUCUAAAAUAUGUCUCUGUACAUCCGUAUAUAGUCCGUAUUGAAAUCUCUAAAAAAGCUUAUAUUUAGAAACAGAGAGAUAAAAGAUUAAGCAUGUUAUUACUACGGCUACUACAACUUGUGGGUAAGCUCGUAGAUUUUCACCAAGUUAUGACCCUAGUUAAUGUUCAAAAAACAGGUUUGCGUAAGUGAAGCGGAAUGCCACAGCUAAGAGCCUAAGAGCAACUGAAGCAUUUUUUUUAAAUGGCCAGGAUUUGGCUGUUUUUGAAUAACAAGCACAGGAGAAUAUGAAACAUAGCAAACGGCUAAUUGAAAUAGCAUAUAAUAUGCAGUUCACACCAUAGCAAAUGUACACCAGGUUCACACAGGAAGCAAAAUAAGUAAAUACCAACUAAAAUGCACUUCACACUGUAGCAAAUACACACCAGGUUUAGGCAUAUUGUAAUAGGAUAAAUUGCACAUGGCCAUCAUUGUGCAAGCAGCCAAGCAUUGUAGUUCAACAGCAGGCAAAUUCUAGAGUUUUAUUUGCUAAAUAGGGAAUAAAUGUAUGACCUGCAAAUAAUCAUAAAUAUCUUGAGCUCAAGCCAACAAUCAGAAAGAAUCCUGCAAGUAAAUUUCAUCACAAGUGGAUAGUAACAUUGCAGGCAGGCAGGGCAAAAAAUUCAUCCAUCACAGGAGGAUCAAUGUAUUAAUACCAUGACAGAGAUAAGCAAAAUCCAGGGCAUUUAAUCAUCCAUCAAUCCCUCUCUCUCUCUCUUUGGUCGGUCUAUUGUAUGGGCUUGAAACGAGUGAGGCCGAGGCUGCCUCAUGGAGCGUACCUUGCCUCGUUGUGGCGCUUGCCGCGGGAUGAUUUCUCGGCCUUGAUCUUUUUGGCACCCGCCUUGGCUCGCUGCUUCCUCUCCUCCGCCUCCGCCUUUGGGGCCUCCCUCCUCUCGGCGGCGGCGAGGUCGCUCACCCGGCGCAGAUGGGGAUGUGCUUGUUGAUCCAUUCCUGCGACUCGUACCCGCGGAAGCUGCAGGUUCGGCAGAUGUAGAAGGGGCGCAGGGGCCCACCGUAGAGUUCCGCGCGCCUCUCCUGGCGGCGACGACGACGCCGCCGAGGCUGGCCCAUCGCCGGAUCUGCACCGCCGCCGGCCAUCGCCUCCUCUCUCUCUCUUGAGGGACGGAGUUCAGUUUUUUUUUUUUUGAGGGCUGGGACGGAGUUCAGAUCUGAAACGACGGGAGCCCCUCUUGGGCCGAGGUCCAGAAGCGAGCGAACCUUGGGCCGACGGCCAGUGAGGCUGAAGCCCGUGAAGAAAUAAUUGAUGAAAAAGAAAAAGAAAACACCUCCCACGCGUCGCCUGCUGCCUAUUUUGAUGUGGAUGGAUUAUUUAGUAUUUGUUUUCCACUCACGAGUCACCACCACUUCUCGACUCUGCCUAUUCUGUUUUCGUCAAGCGUUUCCCUCUCACCGUGGUCAUAUUCGUCCUUCUUCUUUGAUAAAUAUAAUAAUAAAACAAGUUGUCAAUGUUUUCUUUUUCUUUCGAGAAACUUUCAAUCUAUUCUAUUCAUAGUAGAACAUAUCACAAAUAACAAAAAUUACAACCAGGUCCAUGUACCACCCAACGGCGACUACAAGCGCUAAAGCAAGCCCAAAGCGUAUCGCCCCUUUCUCGUCGGAGCCGAACAAACUUUAAUGUAGUACACAGUUGGAAAAUAAUAAUGCUAAAGCCUUAGAGCAACUCUAGCAAACCCCGCAAAUCGCCCGGCCCGCAGAAAUUCCGGCGAGUAGCCCGCAUACUCGCCCGGCCCGCAUAAUUUUUUGCGGUAGCCCGCAAACCGCACGCCCCGAGCAGUAUAACUACGGUUCCGCGACCCUUUUGCGGGUCCAAACCCUAUCCCCCGCCGUCGCGAGCCACCCGAUUCCCCUUUCCCCUCUCCCAAUUUCUCGCCGCCGGCGACCACCCGCCUCGCCUCCAGCCGCCAUGUGGGGGCGAAUGUGGAGCUCCGGACGCGGCUCUGGCAGCAGAUCCGGCCGUGAGCGCGACCCAGAGCGCGAGCGGCGCGUCCGGUCGGACGGCGCGAGGAAGCGCGGCGCCCGGAGGUGGACUAACCAAGGGAUGUCGCCGCCGGCGAGCUUCAACCGCCGCGAGACGGAGGAGUACGACCGCCGGCGCGCGUUCUUCUCCUCCGCGAGGUCCUACGCCGGAUCCUCCUCGUCCUCCGGCGCGGGCUUCCUCCCCAUGAAGAGGGAGUGGUCGGACGAGGAGGAGCCGGAGCCGCCGGCGCCGUUCGCCUUCGUCCCGGUGAAGGAGGAGCCCGAGGAGCCCGCUCCGCUUGGCCGCCGCGGAGUCGUCGGGCCCGAGGACUACGUCGCGGAGGACUUCGACGCCGUUGCUGCCGCCAUCGCCGAGCGGAGCAUGCGCGAGGAGGAGGAGCGCAGCCGCCACGCCCAGCAGCUCGAAGCCCUCGAGUGGCAGCAGGCGGUCGCCGCCAACAAGAAGGCUGAGGAGUGGCGCCGCAUCUGCGCGGAGCAGGCGGCGAAGUAUGUCGACCUGUGCAGCUCCUGCGAGGAGGAUUGAGCAUCCGGCUCCUCCACGGCGUCGUCCAGUUGCCGCGACCUUGCCACCGUCAGAUCCAACCCCUCCGCUACUAGUUUAACGUAGUAUGUAGUAUAAACUAUGCUUGUAGUUUGUUGAUCAAGUGAUGAACUAUGUUAGUGCAAUUUCUCCCGCGAAAGUGUUUUUUUAAAUUAUGCAGGUUUUGAUACGGGUUCUGUUCGGCCGCGCAUGUUUUCGACCUGCAAACGCGAUCUUCGUGAAACCGCAAACGCGUUUUGCGGGUCAAAUUUAUAUUUUUCAUUAUAAAAAUAUUAGAAUAAAAAUUUAAAUAUGAUGCGAUACAAAAAAAUACUAUUCAUCAUAAAUAGUACAGUGAGUGUCAUCCUAAUUUUAAUAAACUGUAAGCUCACAUGUAAAUCACUUGCUGAUGAUUAUUCUCGGGAAUUUACCAUUUAGGGCAUGUUGCAUUUCUGUCGUCAUGAUAUAACAAUGGGCCAAAUCAUUAUAAGAAAAUAUGUUGCAUUUCUCUCACAGCUAACAACCACUUUCUUCUAAAAAAUGCAAACAACCACUUUUUGGUCCUGAGCUCCUCUACCCCACCACCGCGCGUCGAUUCCGGCAACACCGUCGUCGUCCCUUCACGUGCUGGUCGUCCCUGUGAAUCAAGGUAGGUGACCGCCGGCACGCUACAACUCUUGUAUAUUUUCAAUGGGUUGGAGUGCUCAGUGAGGGGCUUAUGUUGCUCUGAUGUUUCUGUGUGGCAGAGGUUAACAUUUGAAAAAGCAUAGGCUUUGGUACACCCCCCUAUCUUGCCAUCCAUUUCUGCAUCGUGAUUUGUGCAAAAACUUUUCUCUUUUUUGUUUCUUCCAAAUAAAAGAACAUAUGAACUUCAAA